AUGGACCGAGAAGGCGAGACGGACAGUAAAAGAGAGAUGUACGUGCCUUAUCGGGCAGCCUUGAACAACGAUUGGGAAUCUGUGAAGGACUUCUACAAGAAAUAUGAUCUUAGGCUGUCAUAUCCUAUAACGGCAUCCAAGGACAAUGCAUUUCACUUGGCAACGUUCAGCAAAAGAAAAGAACCGCUUCAAUCUUUACUUGAUAUUUCCGAAAGUAUUUCCGAAAGUAAUCCUAUGAUGAGGUAUGGCUACUUAGAAACGAACGGCUACGGGAACACGCCUCUUCAUGAGGCUGCGGCCAAUGGGAACCUGGAGGCCGUACAGGCCUUGGUCAAUCAUCAUCAGAAGCUCUCCCUGGAAGAUUUUGGAAUUGAAGAUGAGAAUGAGUUGCUGGAGGCUGAGAAUACGAAAGGCGAAACCCCACUUUUUAUUGCCGCAGCAUUUGGGAGUACAGAAGUGGUGAAGUUUUUAGCUUCAAAAUCAUUAAAAAAAUCGAUCCGAGUAUGUUUUAAGUUAAAAGAGGCACACCGCCAACACAUAGGAUUGAUCAAUGUAGAGCCCGAAUCUGAUGCCUCCAAUCGGCUGUCCAGAGUCAUCCAGAGCGAAAUAAUAUUAAAGCCCAAACCUGAUGCCUCCACUCAGCUGUCCAGUGCCAUCCGGGGUGAAAUAAUAUUAGAGCCCAAACGUGAUGCCUCCGAUCAGCUGUCUAGUGCCAUACAGGGUGAAAUAACGUUAGAGCCCAAACCUGAUGCCCUCAAUCAGCUGUCUGGUGCCAUCCGGGGUGAAAUAAUAUUAAAGCCCAAGCCUGGCGCAACCCAAAAAGAAACAUCCAAGAAAGAACCUGAUGUCUCCACUCAGCUGUCCAGUGCCAUCCGGGGUGAAAUAAUAUUAGAGCCCAAACGUGAUGCCUCCGAUCAGCUGUCUAGUGCCAUACAGGGUGAAAUAACGUUAGAGCCCAAACCUGAUGCCCUCAAUCAGCUGUCUGGUGCCAUCCGGGGUGAAAUAAUAUUAAAGCCCAAGCCUGGCGCAACCCAAAAAGAAACAUCCAAGAAAGAACCUGAUGUCUCCACUCAGCUGUCCAGUGCCAUCCGGGGUGAAAUAAUGUUAGAGGCCAAACCUGAUGCCCCCAAUCAGCCGUUUGGUGCCAUCCGGGGUAAAAUAAUAUUAGAGCCCAAGCCUAGCCAAAAAAGAGGCCCUGAUGCCUCCAUUCUGCACGUUGCCAUCGCAGGACACCAUUUUGAAACGGCUCUAUAUCUACUGAAUCAGGAUGAAUCGUUAGCAACGGUCAGGGACCUAAAGGGCUGGACCUCUCUUCACCUACUAGCAACCAUGCCCGCAGCUUUCGAAAGUGGAUAUCGAUGGGGCACAUGGAUCCACAGGGUCUUAUAUUUCUGUAAGUCUUUCAAUGAGUCCAAUCGAUCUUGA